GUCGCCUGGAUCGACAAAACAUAUCGCCGUAAGCCCCACAAGCAGAGGAGCCCUGACUGCUUGUUCUAUCUCGCGUACCCGCUAAAGAUACCAGUGUCGCCCGAGAAGCAAGACAACAAUCAACUGAGAAAGUUCCGCAAACGCAAGCCGGGCUCCUCGAAGAGCCUGGUGGAAACAACUUAAUUGUCACCGCAACCGCGGCCACACCACCCGUAUCUUUUGUGCAAACCUCGACACGCCAUAAUGAUAGCGACGGCCACUAUAAACGGGUCGUUCGGACCACGGCGUCAGCACAGCUCGUCGCCGUUGAGGUCUUCGAGUCCCACCAAACGACGACGUGCAACCGCCUCAGCGCAUCACAUUCAGCCGGGCAAGAUCGGGUGCGUCGUCGACGGCAGGAAGCCACUCCGAAAGCGUAGGGCAUCCGUCAUCGCAACCGCCAUGGGCGCCGUCAAGUACAACUUGAAUCAGUGGGUUGAGGACAACAAGGCGUACUUCCUGCCGCCAAUCUGCAACAAGAUGAUGCACAGCGACGGUCAGCUCAAGGUGUUCUGCGUGGGUGGACCCAACGUGCGGCCCGACUACCACCUAGAAGAAGGCGAGGAGUUCAUGUACAUGCUCCGCGGAGACAUGCUCCUCAAGGUGGUCGAACACGGCAAGGUGAAGGACGUGGUGAUAAGCGAAGGCGAGGUGUUCCUGCUGCCCGGGAGGAUCCCGCACUCGCCGCAGCGCAGAGCCAACACGGUGGGGCUCGUCAUCGAGCGGGAACGAACACAGCAAGAGCUGGACUGCAUGAGGUUCUAUACCGAUGAAAGCUGCCAAGAAAUCUUGUACGAACGCUGGCUACAGUGUGAUGACCUGACGCAAAAGCUGGCAAACCUGCUCAACGAGUUCAUGGCCUCAGAAGAGCACCGCACCAGAAAGCCUGGCCCAAAGUCCUUUCUGGUGAAACCAGCCUACGAGCCGGAUGGCAGCACGACGCUGGAAGCACCUUUCAACCUCAACCGGUGGCUCGAAAAACACAGGGCUCAGCUGGACCAAGAAAGCGGCAAGAGAGAUCUGUUCGGGCAGGGCCACCAGACAACCAUGGUGGUGCUUGGCAACGGAACCCACGGGACGCAGUGCCCCGGCACGGAGACCUUUCUCUGGCAACUCAAAGGAUCGGCCAGUGUCACCAUAGCUGGCAGAGCAUUCACCCUGGCCGAGAAUGACACGCUGCUCGUGCCCACGCCCGGCAACUACACACUUGUGAACCAGCCCGGUGGACGCACUCUCGCUACCAGCAUGCCACCAAAGCGCACCUUAUAACACACAACCAUCACUACAUAACGGUCAUUGCCCUGCGAUGGCCACUAGCUGUGCCAUCCACCAUGUGUGUCAAAGUUGUAGAAGUAGCUGCAGUCAUUCCACAAAUACACCGAUUGAAUGAGGUGAACGACACUCCUUCUUGUCUACUCUGCAUUUCAGAUGCUGCCGUACUAGAACGUGCAAUCUUGCUAGCAAACGCCUCAUUAAUAUUCAACGGUGAAUUCACAUUUCUCUUAUCAUCUUCACGUCCAAGUUUCGCGAAUGACAUGGCCACUAUAAAGCUUUAGGCAGCUAUUCUACGUAUUACUGUCCUGUCAACCCGCAGGUGUUGUCACGAAAUUGUGUUAUGUGAACACAAUGUACUGUGGAAAUGCAUGUUACGUGAAGCAUGCCAAAUCUGGCAGGCUAUCACAUAUCAUUCAGAGUUCUGCAAAGCCUUAUAUGAUGGGUGAACAUGCUUCACACAAAACAAAUUGUCCCUGUAAAAAGUGUAAUCCUAGAAUAGCACCAGAGUAGACAGUACAAACUACCUUUUGUGCAACCACACUAUGUUUUCUUUUUAUGUAGAAAUCUCGCAUUUUGAAUGACCUUGACGAAGCAAAUACAGAAGGUUUAAAGGCUGUGAAAGAAGAACUUAUCAACCCAUUGGCGAUGCACUAUGGCAAGAAUAUAUUUACUUUUUUAGAAGUUACAGUUUAGAAUUAAUUUCUAAGCCCCACGUCCCCUUGGCAGCAUUUUUUCAGCAGGUACAUUAUUUGAACGCGACAGUC